CUGGAUUCUGGAAUUCAUUUUCACCGCUUCUCUCUUUUUUGCUUCAUUGUUUCGUGUUUCUCUUCGAACAUCUGCUUAAAAAAUCUUGCUAACCUAACCCUAAGCCCAGUCAAAACUUCUUCGAAGAAAGGUUCAUAUUUGUUUUCCCAUCUUCGGGAUGCGAACUGUCAAUCCAAACAAAAAGCAAAUGUACAAGUGCUGCAGGGUGAGGAGAAGGAGAGACAGAUUCAGUGAACUUCCAGAUGGUUUACUUGACAAGAUUUUGGGAUGCAUGCCCACUUUAGAUGCUGCUAGAUUGGCCGUUUUGUCUACUCUGUGGAGAGAUACGUGGUUCAGUAUUACAACACUCGACUUUGACAUGGACUUCUUUAAUCACAUUAGAGACAAGUAUAGUCGUUACUAUUGCAAUAAUGAUAGAAGAACCAGGAAACUAAUGUAUGACAAUCAUAGCAUUGAUACAUUGGUCUCUGAGAGUUUAUACAUAAUCAACAAAAUUAUCAUGCAUCAUAGUGGACCUGUUCGUAAAUUUCGCUUUUUAUUUGGUUGUUGUGAUUUUGGAUCACUUAAUUCACGGAUGUUUGACAUUUAUCAAUGGCUCAUGUUUGUCACACAAAAAGGCGUUGAAGAAAUUCACCUUAAAAUUGAUGAAGAAGAUGGAUUCAUGCUGCCUAACUGCAUCUUUUCCUGCCCAACACUCAGGAGGUUGCGUAUUCAUGGAUCGUAUUAUGACACAGUAGACGCCCCUCGCAACUUACUAAAUUUGACUUCGCUUUGUUUUGAAGACGUUGACUUUGAGCCUAGUGGUCAUGCAAUUAAUGCUCCCAUGCUUGAGGAUCUGUCAUUUUAUUCAUGCAAUGAAACUAUGUUCCAUUUUAACAUCACUGCCCCAAAACUUGGGAAGUUAACCAUGGAAGGUUGUUCCUAUCACCAAACCAAUGGCUAUCUUCCAGUUAACUACUCGAGUUGGGAAUGUGUUCAUACUCUAGUUCUGGAUGGUUACUCGAUCAUGAAAUUCUUUGCACGUUUUACUAGAAGGGGACUGCCACUACAACCACCUCAACUACUAAAUGUGGAAUAUUUGAUGUUGCUUGAUGACCCACUAGAGUUUGACAUUUAUGAGUUUUACACAGUGAUGGGUGAUAUUUCUCCUACAUUCAUUCAUUUGCUGGAGUUAUGCCCAAAAUUGUGCGAACUUCAUAUGGAUGUAUCGAUUAUUGAAAUGUUGGGAGAUUGCUUAGGGACACGCUCAGAACUUUCAGAGUAUCUUUACCGUGUGGCUAGAAAACGCAACUUGCUUCACACUAUGAUUUUGAGUGACGUCCCAUACAGAGGCGAGAUUGAGACUUGGCUGUCUGGGAUCAAGGGGUUACUUGCAUGCUUCCCAACACUUGAGAAGUUAGUUAUCAGAAAACAAUUUAAUCUUAAAGCUAUUAAGAAAAUAUUGCAUUUUCCCCGUGCCUCCCCAAAAAUUGAAAUAUUUUUCAUCUAAAAGCUGUGUUGUAUUCGAAUAAAGUGAAUACAUGUGUUGAUUGCACUUUAUUCAUUCAACAUUGUAUCUUUUAUUAGUGUGAGAAGUCUACAGGCGCUGGAUGUUCAUAUUCAAGACAAUUGCAUCAACCGUUUAAUUGAAUUUUAAUAGCUUCUAAACCACAA